AUGAACUUUGGACUAGGUUUAUCUAGGUCAACUUUGAAAUAGGUUUCUGAUAUUUCUGUAAUGUUCAGCAAAGGAUAUUGUCUGAAACUUUCAAGUUAUAAUAGUCUGUAGAUAUUAUAUAUCAAACAACUUUCAAAUCUUUGUUUACCACUAUAAGUGCAUUUGAAACUUAUGUAUACCAAAGAUUUUUUAUAAUAAACAAAUUUAAAAUCACAAUAAUAAGCAAUAAGUACAAUACAAUGUUCGUAGUGCUAUGUUAAUCAGUUAGACAUGAAAAACGGGCAGGGCCUGAAUGUUAGGCCCGGUCCGUUUCUUAUGUCUAACAUCAGUAGUCAAAGAAGACAUGGCCCAAUUUGUUCAAAAAAACAAUUUUCAAAACUCUGUUGAAAUAAAAAACGUCUUCUCGAAUUUACUUUUUACCAUUUUUUACCUCAUUUCGUAUUCUUUAAUCCGCAAAACGGUCGAAUUUUCGCCGUUUGUUUGAUGAAUUCCAUUUGGUUAACGAUCCUCUUCUGGUCAGGACAACUUCUCAUCUUUUGUGGAACAAUCAAUUGUUUUUCAGAAUAAAGCCAAACAUAAAUUUUCGGAGAAAAAAACGGCCGUAUAUCCCGCCUGAAGGGGAGUAAGUUUUUUUUUAAAUUUUUAAAAAUUAAUUUUUUUUUGAUUUUUUACGGUAUCCCUAACUUUAAAUUUUUUCAGCGGACAUUACAACAGUGUAAAGAACAAAACAUUAGCCAAAACGCAAGAUUCGCAGACGGAGAAGACCGCACAGAAGUCGAAUAAGAAGCAAAAGAAGAGCAGUAACAGGUCCAGUUCAUCUUCCCCCCACACCUCCAGUAGCCGUCGGAGAAGAAAGAACAAAGAUAAGAAAACUGAGGUGGGUUACAGUAAAAUACAGUAAGACUGGGAUGGCAAUAGGAAAAUUGUAAAUAAGGUAACAUAGGGCAGAGUAAGAUACACAGGGGCUAGGACAAUGUAGGUUACGGUAGUUUGGUGUAGGGUAGAGUAGGGUAGGGAUUAAAAUUUUGAAAAAUGGCUUUCGGAUGAAAAAUAAAAUUUCGUACUUUCAGGUCGAAGUUACACAACAGUCAUCACCAGUAGUAUCAGAAUGUUGCGAAGACAAGAAAAUUGACGAGAAGCAUGAACAGAAAACCCAAGAAUUAACCAACGAUUCGUCAAAAGAAAGACCAAAGGAACAUGUAGGUUUAUAGCUUAUAUUGUAGUAAAUUAAUGUACUUUUGUUCAAAGAACUCGUUAAUGAAGAGGUGGAAUAAGUGGAAUAAGGUGAAUGAAAGAUUUGUUAUAAUCGACAAACCUUACAUUAUAGUCAUCAUACUUUCUACUUUCAGUCCUUCACCACAGAUGGCCCAACCAAAUAUGCAAAUUCACUCAACUCGACUCUGCUCAAAGUUGGGCACUAUACAGGAAAGAACGACAAAGACGUAACACAAGCUACACAACUCACUCAGGCCAAGACAAUGCAUACCCAACAGAAAUCAUCAGCUACGAAACAUCCGAAAACUUCAACGGCGGAAGAGGCUUAG